AUGGAUUACUUCCUGGGCAAAGUGACCCAGCAGGCCAUGAACUAUGCCAUACGCUCGGGGGUGGCCUUGACAGCAUCUUAUGCUCUCAGACAGUCAAACAAGCUUCUUCGCAACGCACCCAAGAGCAACGUGAAGGACGAACUAGAGGUGGCACAGCAGCAGCUUCAGCACAAGAUUAACAUCAUAUCACCCUCAAUUGACAUGAUCGAAUUGAUCGCCGCCAGAGGAAACACAUCACUAGAGGCAGCAGUCUCCUUGACUAAAGAACUGCGCCUGGAAAUCCAAUCGCUCGCUCAACGCCUCGCACAGGCGGCAGAUGCAUCCGAGAUUGCCAACAAAAGCAAACUUAGCAGUAGCAGUCAAGUCAAAGCUCACAAUGAGCUAGAGCUUAAGCUGAUUGUUUCUGAUAUCAAACAUUUCCUCAGACGACUCGAGGAUGCCAUUCCUCUCAUCACCUUGGCUAUCUCCACCUCGGGAGCAAGUCUGUCAACAUCUCUUCCUCACACUGUAUCACCGUCCCGCUUGCUGCAAGCCAGCACGUUCCUCACCGCCGGCGAUACACAAUACUCAAUCACACCACAGCGAGCCGUACAAAUUGGCCCGACCUUUACAUUGACAGUGUACAUGCUUUUUGCUGGCCACGAGCGCCCACGAAACGAAGAAGAGAUCCGAGAGACGACGUGGAAGGAAGUCAUUCACAAGGCUCGAGUCAAACUGCGUCGUGUCCCUCUCGACGCCGUCACGAAUUCAGCAUCGGCCUCCGAAAACAUACCCUUCAACGAGAACCCCACGUCAUCGCCAUUGUCGCGAUCACAAAUCAUACCCGCCACGAACCGUUCCGACGAAUAUGCCUACCAAAUCCUGAUCAUCGAAGACUUCGAUGACGAUCGCGUCCAUGAUUUUGAAGACGAUCAGGCGCGCCCGGGCCCUUUUGACGAUGUAUUGCUCGCCGGCAUCCGCGAGACGAUCCCUGUGCAUGAAAUCUCCAAGAUCUUCUACGCCGACACAAGCAAAGUCCUCAACAUCGGGUCUGAUGCGGAAAGCAACCACCCGGUCUUACUGCUGAAGCGUGAUUUGAAUGCCGUUCCCCCUCGACGCAUGAUGGAAAGGGAACGCCCCGCCGCCGAAGACUCCACAUCGGAUCACGACCAGCAUAUACGUGAGCCCGUUAAUCAUGACUACGACCGUGGCCAGCACGACCCCUGGCGAUUCCCGCCCUCCCUUGACCCCGAGUGGAUCGCGUUCGAAGUAUACACUGAAUCCGAACCUGAAGACUCGGAAUCCGAACAUGAAGAAAGCGAUGUUGUGUCUCGGCGCGCUGACGCGGAUCUCGAGUCCUCUCGCCUGUCUGAUUCCAUGUCGAACAUGCACAUCAACAAUAACGGCAGCAGUCCCGGUUCACAACUCCAGACGCGACACCCGGACACAAACGCCCAGACGCCCCCUCCUUGGGUCAACGGAAUCAAGACAUCACUGUCCCUGCUCGAGCUCUUGCUGCGCCUGACUUCUCUCCAGCAGUUCCAGCAACAAUCCCACCUGAGCAUCACGGACGAAUUGCUCAAUUUCUUCCUCGAGGAGAGCGCGACGACCGGUGCCGGCGGCGACGAGAACUACAGACAGGCCCUGCGCGCCGAGGCGAGGAGGAGAGUCGGCUGGGAUCCCUACGACGAGAGCCCCAUGAAGAGACGCGGCGAGGAGUACCAGUACUACGCCCCCAGUCCGGCCAUGAGUCCCGGCGCCGUGAACGAAGGCUGGGCGAGCCCGAGGAGCCCGAGGAACGCACCGACCCGCUCGACCCCAAGCGUGUCCGAAUACACGGGGCCUGCGUCGCCGAUGGGAUCGCCGCUGGUUGAUAGGGAGAAGAGUCGGGGAAGUAGAGCGUCGUGGCUGAAACGGCAGGGGCAGGAUGACAGUGCGAGUGCCAGGAAGGGCAGCCCGUUACGACCGUCAACCGCGCAUACAGACGAAGGCAUCGGGACGAGUCCGGCGAGCAAGGGAGACAUGUGA